ACCCAUCACUACGAGCCGCUGUGAGUUUCGCCGUGGUGUUUGCAUGUGUGUGUUCUUCAAACGGGAAAACCUCACACAGCGGGGUUUCUACACCAAUAUGUAGCUUCAUAACAACACACCGCAAUGACUAGGGCUGCGUUAUCACCUUUUACUUCACCGUAAAUAGACGACGGUUUUCUCUGGAGCCGAUGGAGGGAGCAGUGAGGCCGGCUGAGGCCGGAGGAAGCGCAUCCUCACCCGGGGCCGCUGUGCUGGAGGAGACGGAGACCGUCAUUGGAGUCGGAUACGGGAUAGAAGACUUCGCUGCUAAGAAGCCCUACAUAACUGAGAUGCCGUCCUCAUCCUACCAUACAGGAAUUGGCCUUGAGAAGAAGAUUGGCCAUCGGAGGGUGGAUGCAUCAGGGGAGACCACGUACAAAAAGACCACCUCCUCGGCCUUGAGAGGUGCGAUCCAGCUUGGCAUCGGCUACACUGUGGGUAACCUGAGCUCCAAACCUGAGAGAGACGUGCUCAUGCAGGACUUCUAUGUGGUGGAGAGCAUCUUCUUUCCAAGUGAGGGCAGUAAUCUGACUCCAGCUCACCACUUCCCAGACUUCAGGUUUAAAACCUACGCCCCCGUGGCCUUCCGCUACUUCCGAGAACUCUUCGGGAUCCGACCUGACGACUACCUGUACUCUUUAUGUAACGAGCCCCUGAUCGAGCUGUCAAACCCCGGUGCUAGUGGAUCCAUCUUCUAUGUUACCCGUGAUGACGAGUUCAUCAUCAAAACUGUGCAGCAUAAAGAGGCGGAGUUUCUGCAGAAACUGCUCCCUGGGUACUAUAUGAAUCUAAACCAGAACCCUCGGACGCUGCUCCCCAAAUUCUUUGGGUUGUACUGCAUACAGUCUGGUGGGAAGAACAUCCGGAUCGUGGUAAUGAACAACGUUCUGCCACGUGUCUUCCGCAUGCACCUGAAGUUUGACUUGAAGGGCUCCACAUACAAGCGCAGAGCAUCCAAGAAAGAGAGAGAGAAAACCAAGCCUACCUUUAAAGACCUGGACUUUAUGCAAGAAGUGCCUGAUGGAUUACUGCUGGACACAGACACUUACAACGCCUUGGUCAAGACCCUGCAGAGGGACUGCCUGGUGUUAGAAAGCUUUAAGAUCAUGGAUUACAGCCUGCUCCUGGGUGUCCACAAUGUGGACCAGGCUGAGCGUGAGCAGCAGACAGAGGGUUCUCAGAGCAGCAGUGAUGAGAAGAAGCCUGCAGCCCAGCGAGCACUUUACUCCACAGCAAUGGAGUCCAUACAGGGAGGAGCUACAUGUGGAGACAUUGACACAGAGGACACAAUGGGGGGAAUCCCAGCAGUGAGUGGGAAAGGCGAGAGGCUGCUGCUCUUUAUUGGCAUUAUAGACAUUCUGCAGUCUUACAGACUCAUUAAGAAGCUGGAGCAUACGUGGAAAGCACUGGUCCAUGAUGGAGAUACAGUAUCCGUGCAUAGGCCAAACUUCUAUGCUGACCGGUUCUACAAGUUCAUGAGUUCUACAGUAUUCAAGAAGAGCUCCUCACUGAAGUCCUCUCCCUCAAAGAAGAGUCGCAGUGCUCUGACAGUGCCCAAGCAUAGCGGGCCUGGGGCAGCCUGGUCAGCCAGUCAACUUCCUUCAGAGAGAGACCACCACAUCUAUGACCUGAGAGGAGCACAUAGCUUUCCUGCGCUCGAGAACGACGGACUGCAUCCAUGUACUCCUCCAUCAUUUGAGGAGGCCACAACAGCCUCAGUUGCCACCACGCUGUCAUCCAACACGUCCAUAUCGAUCCCAGAGCGAUCUCCUUCUGAAACAGCAGAGCACCCUCGUUACAGGAGACAAACCAUGUCUCUAAAAGACAGCGAUGGAAGGUUGGUUGAUGUCCAUGAGGAGGACCAGCAGACUAUCACAGUGCAGGUAGAGUUUAAGAGAGAGACAGAAGAUGAGCAGGAGAAAGAAGAUCCAGUCAUGGAGCAGAAAGCAGAGUUUGACACUGAGAAGGAGUGUGUGAUCUCCUGUACACCACCUCCUGGAGAGAGCGAUGUGCCGGGGGAAGCAGAUGUGUUCUCCCUGCCAGAAAUCAGAGAGACUGAAAUUCUGGACGACAUCAUCCCAGAGACAGUCGGCCAGCCACAGGCAGCAGAUCUCCUUCCACCUGCAUCACCACCGGCAACCGUCUCUCUGGAGGAUGUCACCGUGGAAACAGGCACCGAGGCAGAAGCAUCAGCCGCCCCGAAGUCAGGAGUUCCGGAUACACUGGCUCUGAGCUCCACGCUAGGCAGACCCCAAUCCCAAUCCCUCAGUCAGUCAUCUGUGGAUGAGGAGGUUGUGCCAAUCACCGAUAUCUAUUUCUAUGCCGAGGGGAGAUACUGGGUGUAUUCCCCUGUCUCUCACAGACGCAAGCUCACCUCGAGCUACGAUGACUUUCAGCCUCCAGAGGACAGGAGCUGGGUUUAUUCCCCCCUCCACCAUCGCUCCGAGUCUCAGCCUGUAUCUGAUGGAGAGAGUGAGGCAUAAACUGUAUGCAGUGUGAGAGGUUGAACUCGGAGCUGCUCUGUCCUUUCCUGGGUCGCGCCCAUGACCCCUGCAGAAGAAACCCUGCUUUGCCAAGCAUCAUGGGGUAAAGAAUAUAGUAUGGAACUUUUUCAGAACUAAUAUUCUCUAGAAAGAGUAUAUCAUCAGCCAGUUGAUGCUCAGUCCUUUCCCAGGUCUUCUUCUUGUUCUGAAUCAGGUCAAGCGUAUCUGAGAACUGUCUCGUAUGACGGACUUCCUGAUUCCUGUGACAUGAAUAUAUAUAUGACUCUCUGCUCCGAGCCUCAUUCACCAGUCACAUUUGCAUGAUCCAAAUCUCAGUCUUAGUAAGCACUCUUCCAACACGUCUCAGUGUUUAUAAUUUAUUUUUUACAUUCCAUCCAUCACCUAAAUCGGUCGUUGCAUUUUACUUAAUGCCACCAUUAAGUUUGAAAUUUCCUGCUGAGAACUGAACUUCAGCUUUCUUCUCCGUGACGCUGUGCUGUAGGAGAUCCCCAGGUUUGGGGACGGACGCUGCUCUCUCACGUCUUCUACAAUAUAUCAGCUGCCGUGGCUGGACGCCGUAACUGAUACUGAAGACCUUUCCAGGGUUCAUAUUGUUUGCUAAUGUGUGAAGUACUGUGUCAUGAAACACAUCAGUAUUCUCAACAUCCUCUACUACUGUAGACCUUCACUUCACAUUUUUACUUCACAGGUUUUUUUUUUUCUUUUAUAUAUUUUAGGAUCUGUAGAUGUCAUUUUGGGUCCUAGAUGUUUUUCAUUUGAAUUUUAUAAUAGCUUUGGGUUAGAUUUGGGUCAUUGAGGUGACUACUGUAUGUUUGCUGUUUGUUUUUUUAUGGACUCAACACUAUAAAAUAGCCUACUAAAUCAUUCCUGAAUUAUUACUGAUAUUCUAAAGACAUUCAAUGAGAUAAUCUCAGAUAGUCAUGGUUUUAAUACCAUGCAACUCUGUGUGUGUGUGUGUGUGUGCAAGCGUGUAUGUGUGUGUGUCUGUGUGUGUCUCUGUGUGUGUGUAUAUAUAUAGAACAAAAUAGUUUUAUAUGGCGAGAGUUAGAUGAAAUUUGAAUAAAUAAAUAAAUAAAUAAAUAUUUAUUUAUUUAUUCAAAUUUCAUCUAACUCUCGCCAUAUAAAACUCGAUUUUGUUCUUACUUUCUUCAAGCCCCAUGAAAGCUUUAUGUCAUUCAAGACUUAUGUACAAUCUCUUAUUUAUUAGUUUUUAAACAUCCACAAUCCACAUCGGCUUUAUAUGUUUUUAGUUCAGAUUUUUUUGCCUAAAUGUUAAAUCGAUUGUAUCCGGAUAUUGAAUUUGGUGUAGCAGAAUAAUCCACAGCAUCACAGUUCAGUUUGUGUGAUCGUCUUAUUUGGAUAAAUUAUUUUAAUAGCUGAGAAGAACAGAACGAUUUCCCAAUGUGUUCGUAAUUAAUAAGCGUGCUAUUUUUCCAAAUUAUAACAACACAGCUUGUGUUGUAGCUAUAAGGUACAUAUGUGACCAUGAGUAUAGUGUAUGGUUUAAUUAAUAGGGAUUUUAUUUUUUAUUGCAUGUAUAAAAAAAAAACUAGGACGGGAUAUGUUAAUAACAUGAGGAAGAUUUCUUGUCCUGAAUUCCAAUCCCAGUUUGUCGAGAUGUCUAGUGUAAAGCUCUACUGUUUGUAUGUAGUGUGAAAAAAAAAUCCUCAAUAGUCUGUGUGAGUGAGCGAGUGUGUGGAAGUGUAUUUUACUGGUCGAGGAAGCAUUUAUUACCAUCAGUCUUUUCCUCAAAUGCGUUGCAUGUAUUCAGCACUAAGAUGCUCUGUUGAGAUAUUUAUCUGUGUCCAUCUCUAAAGGUGUUUAAACCUGAUGCCCUGUGUGUUUGUACAGAUCAGUGGA